GCUUAUUCUUUUUUUUUUUUUUUUUUUCUUACUGACAAGCCUUCGUCUUAUUUUCGUAUAUAAAUUGUAUAUAAAUAAACAGAUUAAUACGACUGAUAUGAAUUUAAAUUUUUUUUAUUAAAAAAAAUCGUGUAAAAUUUUUGUAGCAUCAUUUAGCGUUCGCUAUUUUUGUGCAAAUUGCAAAAUACACGUCAGUUUUAUAAAAUCAACUGUUAAUUAACUGAUAUAAUUGCAAAUUAUAUUUUAAAAACAAUAACGUCAGCCAAGGCGUUUUAUUAUCGUCUACAAUUAUCGGAGAUUACCUUCAUAUAACGAUAGAAUGCAUGCGCUCUUAACAUUCACGUAUCUCUCGAAAAUAGGCCAUUGACCAUGACGAUAAUUGCAACUAUACAUAAAUAAAUUUUAUAUUAAUCUUAGGCGGUCAAAUAUAAUAACCCAAGUACAUAAAAAAUUCAUAAAUAAUUUUUUAAAAAAUGAAUCAAGCUUAUUAUUCUGACAGCUGUGCUAAAUUUAAAUCAAAUGUUGCAAAAAAAAAAAAAAUAAAAAUAAUUUCAUAAUUACAAUUAUUUCAAGUAUUGUAUGAUUUCAAUUCAGGUCAAACCAUAACGACUUUAGAGAUUGCAUCAAUCAAACAAUGUUAAUUCUCUCAUGUAUAUUAAAAAAAAAUUCAUUUGUUAAUUACUUAUUAAUAUUAAUAUUUAAUUUUUUUGAGUAAUAAUAGAGAAACCGAGUAGUCACUGACUGAGACAAAACAGGCAGUGUUCGUAGUGUUGAAAUUUCGCAACAGUGAUUAGAAUAUUAUUAUUAGAAAUUAGAAAUUUAACCCCCAUAUUAUAGUUAUAUCAAUUACUAAUGAAUGCGUAAUGUUUAUUAUCCAAUUUAUCUCAAGCAAACCCUUUGAGUUUUUGAUAAAAUCAAAAUACAAAAAUUCUUCAUUUUAUUUGAUACGUUUUGAAGCAGCAAUUUUUGUUGAUUCAUUUAUUUUCAAAUAGAAUACACAAAUAAUUUUAUUCAAUUAAGGUCAGACUAUACGUUGAACCUCAAGUUAUUAUGUUGAUAAUUUAUUUUACAAUAACAAUUAAAUCAGCAGACUUUUAACUAAUUUCAUAGACUUUUCCACAAUCUUAGAUCUACUGCGCAUACCCUUUUUAGGAAAAAUAUAACCAGGUAACAUUGUCCCUAAAAGAAAAAUUAACUUAUGCGCAUGUGCAAUAAUUUACCUGAGGUAAUUUAAGGGCUACAGUAAAUUACAAUCAUUAAAAAAAAAUCUAGAGGCCAAUAAAACAAAGAAAAAUGCAUGACUUGAUAAUAACAACAUGAAAUUACAAUUUGCAAAAUCAUUAAGUUUAUUUUGAAAUACAGAUUAUUAUCUUGAAUGAUGUUAAAAUGUUUUUGUUAUAUGAAAAAAAUAAAACAAAAACUAUUUUGUAAUUAAUUUAUAUUACAACUAGAAUUUUUUUUUUAUGUUUCGGAGUUUAGUUUGAUUGUUUGAUAUCAAGUUAGUACACAUAUAUUGAUAUCUUGACCUAUACCAACAUUGCACUUCUACGUUUUUAUAUAAAUUGCGAAGGUGACCGACAGAGUACGUAUAACUCUGUUAGUGUUAGCGGUGUCAAACAAAAAUUGGCUGAAACUUUCUGAGUGAUUCAGAGUGAUUCAGAGCUCCGUUGUGACUAGUCCAAACAUUCCACUAAGUUAUAACAAUUUUUAAUAGUCAUAAAGCAUUACGAAUGAUUACUUGCAAAUUUACAAAUUAAUCAUAAAAUUAACAAUUCAAUAUAAAUUAUAUGCUUGACCACUAAGCAAAUCAACGUAAUUUAUAAUUUUCAAGAAGUUUCGAUAGAAUUCAAUAAAAAAAAUUAUUUAAAAAUGUCAUGUCAAAAAAGUGAUCGAUUGGGAAUGCCUGGACUUGGUGAUACAAUGUCUGCAGGUCAUGUCACUGGACUCGACCAUUUAAGAAAUCCUCAGCUUAACAAGGGUAUGGCUUUCAGUAUUGAAGAACGUCAAACUUUGGGAAUUCAUGGAUUACUUCCAGCUGCUGUUAAAACCCAAGAGGAACAAUUGGAACUUUGUAGACUCAACUUGGACAGAUAUACUGAUAGUCUUUCAAAAUAUAUUUAUCUUACAAGUUUACUAGUAAGUUUAAUAUUAAUUUAAGAUAAACUUACACAUCAU